UCCUGCGGGGCUGGGCUGAACCUACCGAGCCGAAAGCCAUCGCCCCCGCGCCUCCCGGCCGAGCGGACCGAAAGAGAUUAACGGAGCCUCCGAUCGAGCGGCCGUAGCCCCCGAGUCCCCCCCGGGGCUCGCUCGCGGCGAGGGCGGCGGGACGUCCGCGCGGGAGGGAGGAAGGCUGCGCCGCGCUUCUCCUCGCCGCGUCUCCUCCGCAGAGGAGCAGAGGCCGAUGAGCCCCCAGGACUGCCCCCGGGGCAGAACUUCGUAGCGCUCUGGGCGUCCCUCCGCAGCGUGGAUGCGAGCCGCACGAGCGGGGAUGCUCGAGGCUGCCUCUGCCGAGUGACGGCCGGCGGCUGCUCCGGGGCUUCGGCGUGGCCUCGCGCUCAAGGGCUUUGCCUGCGGUGAAGAUGUCCAUGGUGUUCCCGUGAAGCUGAGGUAUGGCUGCUGGAAGGUUGCUGCUGUAUGCUGGCCUCUCUUUAGCUUUGUGUGCCCUGGGCAUGCUGGCUGUGGCGAUCUGCUCUGACCAUUGGUACGAAACUGAUGCCAGGAAGCACAGGGAGAGGUGCAAGAGCAUCACCACUAAGAGAAAUGAUCCUGGCUUUAUUUACAACUCCAACAACAACCUGCCUCUCAGGGCCAGCAGGUCGAGGUUGGACCGCUGGGAAGGGAAACUCCUCUUGGCAAGGAACAGGAGGCAGAUCUUUGCCAUGAGCGCGGUCGACGAGUGCAACAGACAGUACAACUCAACCAACAUGGGGCUCUGGAGGAAAUGCCACCGACAAGGAUUCGACCAAGAGCUGGAGGAGCUGAUUGCCAAAGGAGCAAUUGAGCGGUGCUCAUACAUCAAGUACCACUACUCCUCAGCGACCAUUCCCAAGAACCUCACCUACAACAUCACCAAGACAAUCCGCCAGGAUGAGUGGCAUGCCUUGCAUCUGCGCAGGAUGACAGCUGGUUUCAUGGGCAUGGCUGUGGCCAUCAUCCUCUUCGGAUGGAUUAUCGGGGUGCUGGGGUGCUGUUGGGAUCGAGGCCUUAUGCAAUAUGUGGCGGGGCUUCUCUUCCUCAUGGGAGCCAUCAGUCUCCUGACCAUGUCUGCCCCUGCAGUGAAGAUGGCAGGAGCAAUGUCCCAUGAGCAGCUCCAUCCAGUGGCAAGGAGCCAGAGCCUUACCUCUGCCCUGAGCGGCUUCCAAACUGGGAGAGUCAGAUGGCAGUCAUGGGCUCAGCUGACAGGAGGCUGAGCUUGGCAGUGGCCGCUAACCUGUACAUCCACCAUGAGGUCUUGCAGAAGAGAACAGGGUGAUACAACUAACAUCUGUCAUUUGUCAGAUUGUGGCAACUAAAGGACUGAGAUUAAAGGACCCUAAUGUUGUAGAUGUCCAUUGCAAAAAUAAAAGAAAAAUGAUCGUAUCUGCCCUACACUAAUAUCCAGCCUAAAUAGAAGAGACAUUCAGUAUGCUUUAUAUUCUUCCUCCAUAACAAGGAAAAAGGAAAAGCACAAGAUCACCAACCAUGAGGUAUUUAAUAGCUCAGGUGCUCUGUUAGCAGGACAAGCAUUGUCAAAACCAGAGAGGAAGGUAGCUGUCUGAUGGGGAGUCAAGAUGGAGGCUUUCCUGCACGUCAAACAGCAGUUUCUGUAGUGCAGACAUGGCCUUACGUGAAAGUUCAUCCCUCACCUGUCUGUAGCAUUUUGCAAUGACAUGUGAGCUUUCUUUGUCAAAAAUGCUCUUGUUGCCUUGUCUCAUUCAUUAGUGCUUCACUUAGGAUGAUAACGCAUAAAUCUCGUCUCAAAGAACUUAGCGUGCUCUGUUCUCCCUAGCUGCUGGAGGAGAUGGGCUUUAUCUCCCCGGCCCAGCUCACUCACCAGCACAUCCCUGGUGAGCUCUUAUUACCGCCUGUCAUUCACACUGUAGAUGCCAGUGCCACAGCCCCGGCACUGAACCUCGGCCCUCCAGCCUUCGUGUCCCAUCAACUGCUUGGGCCGGAGUUGUGAGCAGUGUUUCUGACAAAGAAAGACAAGUUUGUGUUGCUGCUGCUGCCUGGGGAUCUGGCUCGUUAGUACCUCACUGGCUGCAAGAACCCACCAGGAAACCGAAUAAGGGCUCUGUUUAUUUUCUGGGGAGAGAAAGAAUCUGAGGUUUGGGGAUGUUCAGGAAUUGCUGCAAUCCUGGUGUCACAUCCAUAGUGCAGGCAGUGUUGUGGCAAGUGUGGCAGCCUUUCUCCUCCUGCCCUCCAAGCUAGGUGUUGUACCCACACUAGCAGAGGCUGUCCAAGGGCAAGCUCUGCCUCAUCAUCCCUCCCACCCAUGACUGUUUUGCUAUGAUGGCCAACACCUGUAACAUUUUGAAAGAUGAUCUUUUGUGUUAUGGUUGCCAGUUCAUGAGGAAAAGAUACUGAGUGGUCGUGAGGUUGCAACAGAAGUCAGUUUUCGUCAGUAACCCUCCUGGUGAGAAACCAGGUUAACUACAAAUGGGAACUUCCUCAGUUGGCUGAACACAAACAACAUGUAGGAUUCAUAUAAUGUCCAUAAGGAUUACUCUAGGUGGUAUAAAAUGGCAGUUUAAUGUCUGCAAUGAAUAGUGCAAGAGAGGCUGAUAAACCUGUGCCCACAGUGCUGUACAAGGCAUCCUGCAGAAGCACAAGCAGUGAACGGCUGAGAGCCACAUUAAGCAUCCUCUGACACUGUGUGUGAUGGUCACUAUUUACUAUCAUGGGAUUUGUGCUUUUUUUAAAAAGAAGAAAUCUCAUGUCUGUGAUAAGCUUUGUUCUCUGUUACUUGUUCUGCUUCGUUGUUCAUUUGUUUUGGGGCAGAAUACCCCCAGCAAAGGGGAGUGCCAACAGGUUGGGACGUUAUACAAAUAUAACGGGUACAAAACACUCCUUGUACAGAAGAGCUUGUAAUCAAAAUAGCCAAGACAAAGUGUGAAUGCACAGGGAGCAUUUGAAAACUGAAGUUAUUUUCUUCCCUUUUGUGCUUUCCAAAUGCAGUUUCAGUCUGGCCGCACAGAUUUUCCCACCCACCUCUCUUAACAAUCUUGUAUUUCAAGAGAACUGAAAUUAUCAUGUUCUUGCUAGAAAAGAGAGGCCUUUCAUGUCAUUUUCUAACUCUUUGAAACAAGCCGUGGAGCUGGGUUUUGAGCACAGCAGCUCUGAGGGAUCCUUUUUCUCCACAAUGUACUAGUCAUGUCGAUGUGUCACACAAGGACAGCCGUGUUCUUGGCAGACAGCUUCAUGUUCCUGGAUAACCUAAGUGACAUGGUACAGAACAGAAGGAGUUUUACCCUGAUCAAACAACAUGAUUUUUGAGUAAGGGAUUCUGGGUGAGAGGACCCAUUCCUCCUGUUCUGUGCUUUGAAGUAGUGCAGGACAUCUCUGAAAACAACAGCAGAGCUGGGGCUCUUACAGCGCUCUUGCAGAAGUCCACAGCACUAAUUGCAGACUGAGUGCUGGGGUGGAAUAAGAAGGCAGCCUUCAUAGCAGCAUAGCAGCUCUCUGGUCCAGAUUGGUGCCCUGUGGCAUUAUCAUAAUGUGAGAGCUUAUGAGCGGUACUCACUGGGCCAUCUGGCAGCCAUGUAUAUCAUCAGGGGAGGAACCCAGAGUUCCAGUAUUCCCUGUGCUUUACAAUGGAGAUUAUCUGCAAGCGGCAAGUAGAAAACACAUAGGAAGAGAAAUGAGCAUCCAACAGAUGAGGGAGGCAGUGGUCAGGGGGGAUAAUAGAGUGAUCCACCAGUGGGCUCACAGCUCAUCCAUGAUGGAGUUUUGUGAGGAGAUUCUAGAGUUUUAGGAUGUGCCUACUAAAUAAGGGAGAUGAGUAUGGUGGGAAGUCCAAACACUUUUAGUGGUAUAUGUGUUCCUACAAAUGCCCUCAGUUCUGAGCCUAAUUCCAGAGGAAUUCAACACAUAAUCUUAUCCGUGUCUUCAGUGGAAAUCCAUUUCUUCAAUGUAACUGCAACUAAAAAGAGCAGAGCAGCAGAGACACAAAAGGAGAAAUGUUGCAGGAGAGAGGCAGGAGAAGAGGAAGGAGGGGACAGAAGAAGAAGGGAAAGGUACCAGAGGAAAAGAACUUGAUGUUAAAACCAGGGAAGCUAUGAAUGCUUUCAGGCAUUUUGCUGUCUAUGGGCAGGAAUACUAGAUCCCUCAGCAGCCCUGCUGGUGAACAGAGGUCUGACACAGGACAUACUUUGCAGGUAGCACACACAGCAUGCCACAGGGCUGUGCACGAGCAGCAGGCCAACCAUGUGAGUAGCUCUAUCACGUGUACUGCAUAUCACCUUUUUGGGUCCCUUGUAGGCAAUUCAGAGAGGACUGCACAGGGAGGAAUUACAGAGGAAAAAUAAACUACCAAAUUUGUGUGGACUGUGGGUGUUAUCUCUUGAGAUGGGCACACAGAGUCUGCAGCUAUCCAUUAUGUGGUGUGUAGGUGGCAACGGUGACAUUUCAGGCGCUCAGAGUUUAACUGUGAUGAAACUGGAGGCCAAAGAUCACAGUUAGACUCAUCUGGGUGGGCUAAGGUUCAACUUCAUCUGAUGUGUGUGGCUUUCCAAAACACGUAACACCUGACAGAGUUGUGAAGCUACUGUCCUUGCGGUGCUCUCGGGAAGAAAUGAAAUACUGCUGCAGAGAUGGAAAAUAAGAACAGGAUAUUCUGAAGAGUUCCCCAAUACUGCAGAGGGCAUCUGGAAUGGAACCAGAGUCAUGCAGAGGAUAGAAUCCAAAUUUUGUGAGGGAUUUUAAGAUUUUAAAAGUGGCAUUUUAAAAGGGCAAGCAUAGUGGAACAUUUUAGAUUUCGAUGUAAGAAGAAUCAGAAAAAAACUCCCCAGGGCAUUUCUAAUGUAUGUUUCAACGCAGCCAAAAUGUCAAGUAUUUUGUAAUAUUUUCUUCUAUAAAAUUCAUAAUCGAAAAACUGAAUUUAAACAAGAACUCAGUCUUUUUCCUCUGAAAAGUAUUGAAACAUGGCUGGAAAGUUGCCUGACGG